AUUUCCAUUCAUCAUGGGUUUAUGGCUUCUAAUGGUUCAUUGCUUACUCACCACAGAAACUUCCCUGUUAUACUGAAGUCCCUGGAGGGAUGAAAAUAGGAAUGGCUUUGUGCUUCCAAGGGGUUCUUUUUGAAAGGGACAGACCAUUUUUCUUCAGUCUUAGAACUGGCCCCGGCGGUAAUGAUGACAUUGCCUUUAAUUUGUCACUUCAUCCCAAUAAUUAUUCUGAAUGCAGAAUAGGCCAGAAUAGAAGUUGGGCAAAUUCAGUAAAAUAUUUCGGGUGCCCUUUAUCCAGAGGAUCACACUUUGUUUUCUUCAUCGUCAUCACUCAAAAAGCCUACGAGGUGUAUCUAGAUGGCCGGAAGUAUUGCUCAUUCAAUCACCAUAUACCAGUGGACAAAGUUAAGGGGAUUCAUAUUUAUGGCUUUGUCAAUAUAAAUAGCGUGGGUUUUGUUUCGAACUGGAGUGCAUCUUCCUUUGGUAAAGAACAACAUUCUGGCAUCCCACAGUGGGAGCUUUCUAACAUCCAGUCAGAUAUCAAAUAUCCUCUCUGUAAACCUAAACAGCCCUAUUUGUACCCAAUUCCUGGAGGGUUAAAACCUGGAUUGGCUUUGUUUUUCCAAGGAGUAGUUCCUUUAGGAUCCAAGGGGUAUUUGUAAAUGGACGUUGGAUAAGUAAGUUUAAAGAACAGAUAUCAAUAAGAAAUGUGUCCAUAAUUGAAAUCACUGGAAAUGUCUUCAUGAACACAUUUGCCAUUAUUCAGGUAAGUCAUUGUCAUAUAGUUAAACAAAUAAUUGUCUUCUGUGAAAUAACUUUGCUGUAAUGUUUGCAAGAAAAAAAUUUUUUGAAAUUAUUCUAAGAAUAUCAUAAUUAAAAUGAAACCAAAUUAAUAUAAUUACAAUUCAAACAUUGAAUGUGUCAUGACGCGGGGCAGGAAGCGGACCCAGACGCAG